UGUCAAUAUUUUUCUUCUCUCGCGACGGACGGACGGAUUGUUUUUUGUUCGAUUUCACUCGCGAGUGAAAAAAUGGUGACGAAAGUCUGUGAAUUACUUUGUUUUUAAUGAUCCGUGACCCCGAAAAAAAUAUUCGACGAUUGUACAAAGUGCUAGCAAAUACAUACGAGUGGUCGUCGCGAAAUCCGAUAUCGUCACGGGUAAAAGUGUGGAUCAGUGAAUCUUCCUGUACCGAGGCAAAAAAAAAAAUCACCCAUUUUGGUAAGUGCAACAAAGUGAAUCGAAGGAAGCAAAACGAAUACUGCACGGUGGUGAGGUAGUGAAUGGCACUGAAUGCGUAGCUCGAUAAAAGUUGAAAUUUUGUGCUCGCAUCUUUAAAGUGAAUAAGGAAAACUGAAGCUGAAUGAGGAUUUCGUCCCAUUUCUGUGGAUGUCGAUGAAUCGAGGAAGAAUCCACUGACUGCGGAUAGAGUGAUCUUCGACUACUAAUGUAAUAUUAUGGUAUCACGGUUCGAACGCCUAAUGGGGUGCUCCUCUAUCCCGAUAGGAGAGACCCUGCCUGAGAGCAACCCACAGUGCUCAGGCCGGGGUGAUUGUCUUAACGGAACCUGUCUCUGCGAGAUUCGCUACAGUGGCGAUGAGUGCUCGGGCUUCAAUUUGCCCUACCAUGCGGGCAUUUCCUCUGUUUUCUACUUUGUCGCUUUCAUCUCAGUGGUACAGCUGAUGAUCUGUAUCAUUGCCGAAUAUCAGAGGCUCAAACAACCAAGUUUUUUGCGAGCCUGCCGAUUGACAACACAAAAAUUACUCUACUUCUUUGUAUUUAUUGCAUCUGUACUGCGGGGAGCGUACUUUACUACGCCGGAAACGCUGCAACCAGCAUGGGUAUCUUAUCUGAUGUCUGCGUAUUACCCGCUUUUGAUGACCUGUGCAUCGUUGGUCGUAUGCCUGUGGGCCGAGAUUUUCCACCUACGUGACAUCCGCUGGGAGCGCUCCCAGUUUCUGUCCAAAAGCUUCCUCGGCUUCCUGGCGUUCAAUCUUCUGCCGUACACCUUAUUUUUCGCGGAGAUCGCCUACACGCGUCUGUUCUCUGGACGGAAUACGCACUUUUUCAACGGAUGUUAUGCGGCCCUGCUCCUCAUUGUGGUCAUCUUCUUCCUGAUCUACGGCGUGGAGGUGUUUUUCAAGGUCCGGGGUGGUUUUGUGUACGAUUUCGGGACCGUUCCAAACAGCGAAAAUGUCAACGCUUCCCAGCUGCACCAGUCACGCUUCGGGCUGUUGAGCCAGGCGAUAAUGCUCAUUGUCAUAAUAGGUUUCCUCACGUCGGAAACGUUGGGCGACUUCUGGAAGAAAAAAGUUCCAGUAUACUCACGCAACUGGCACGACAUUGUAUUCCGUUUAGCCGAGGUAGGUGUUGCUCUGUGGUUCCCCUGCUGUCUAUGGAACUCCAUGGCACCGGAACAGUUAUGGAUUCUAAAUCCACGCAAACUCCUUACGCGCCAAAUAGAUCCGGUUGCGGCCGGUGCCGGCAGUUCCAAGGAACCGGAGGCUUCCACUUCGAAUGCCGAAGAGGGACAAUCGUUCCUCGCCAAAAAAGACUGCUGGAUCUGCUACGACGGCGAGAAGCAAGAACCGUUGAUUCAGCCGUGCAAGUGCACCGGUGACGUCAGCUCCGUGCAUCAUGAGUGCUUGCGGCGCUGGCUGGUGGAGAGUUGUGCCAAUUCCGAUACCGUACUAAAAUGUAAAGUGUGCGAAUCGCCCUACGAGAUCGAAAGAUCGAAUCGUCUGGACUGGGAGAAAGGCUUCACUAUUCAGCACUGGGCCAAGACGAUCAUCAUUGUGACGCUGAUGUGCAUAACAGGCGCGGGCGCAUGGGUAAUCAUUCAGCUCAACGAGGAUUCGUUCGUCCGGGUGCUAGUGGCUGGGUUUGCCAUCAUCAUCGGCUACAUCCUGUUCAAGAUGCUUGGCGAGAACACCGUAACGGCGAUCGAGCGCGCCAAGGUGAGUUCGAUCAACAUCGUUACCUCGUCGAGUGAUCUGAACAACAGCGAAGUGCACGAAAAGCUCAACACUAUUUGUCAGGAUGUGGAAUGCAAGUAAGUAGAGGACGAAUUAUCUACUCACCAAACAACAACAAAAAUAAAAAAAACUGUGACUGAACCGUAGGCGAAGUAAAGGGUGAAGACGGUAUGAUUUGAAUAUGGUUCUUUAGGUUUAAUGAGAAUGUGUUUUAGUCGAUAUGAUGGUAUCGUGUAAGUUGUUUUAGUAGCCUGUGGAAGGCGGAUUCAAGCCACACACAAAAAAUGGAAGCAUAUUUAAUGAAAGGCCCCAAAAUACCUGAGAUUUAUUUUACGCAGUGCCGAUCGAGCUCCCGAGAAUUUUCGAACAAAUAUAGCUUUUUAUAUAUUUACUUUUACAACCAUGUAGCCUCGAGUAAGGUCGCAGAGAUACAAAUCUCAUAAAUCCAAGUAUCAGCGUUCAAAACACCCCACAUUAUUUACAUAAAUAAUGCAUUUAUCUGUAUCCUAAACGUACAGGUCAUAUUAUUUGAUAACCCCGCUGUGAAAUUAUUAAACCUCAUCUGCGAUCUAUUUCGAGAAAUAUCGGUAAAAAAUAUUUAAUAUUUUCCAUUUCUACAUACGUUUUUAGUUGAAUCCCUUUCUUUGUGUUAUAGUUGAUAUUAUUAUUUCUUAUAAUGUAGCUUUAUUGAUUAGCAAACAAAUUGCGAUACUUAUGAAACAAUUACGCGUUUGAACCGUACUAAUUCUGAAAUAUUUUAUUUUUUAUUAUACGCGUUAUUUGCAUACAAAUUAUUCGAGCAAGUUAGUUAACAGAUGUAAGCAAAACGAAUACAAUUAUCUUAUCCAUCUAAGAUUAGUAAAGAAGUGAUUGGAUCGAUUUCCUUCCGUGUGACCUUAUUGCGGAUGAAACCUCAAACAACCUAAUCGGUAAACGAGUAGGGUUUAAAUCAUGAUCCAGCCGAGAGGGACUGAGAGUUUGAGUUUGUUUUAAGUAGUUGUUUUUAAAUGAGUAAUAGUUGGAUAUUGAUAGUCGGCAAUAAGUUCAUUGCCGUGAGCAUAGCAUAGUAUGCUUGCAUAGCUUUAGCUAAAUGAAGGAAGAAAAUGUUGCGAAAGUUAAACUAAAAUAACCAAAACGUAUAGAUAUUGCACCGGAGCAUAUAAUCAUUUAUGUUAAAUUAGAAAAGUGAAAUAAUUCAAUUUUUCUUAUUAUUUUCAGAAAUUUUAUAAGUAGGUGAAUUUACUAUCUCUCAACCAAUACACUUUUACACAUUCACUUUUCGGAAAUAGAAAGAAAAUAGAUAAUAUUUCGGCCAAAAUAACCCGUGUGUGAUCUCAAAGCAUUUUGGAGUGAUUCGAUUUUGAUCAAUUAGGAACCGGAAGGAAAUCGAUAUUUGAAUAACGUUUUUAAUGCAGUAGUUAAAAUCGUGCAUGAGUUUUUCGUAAACUACAUGCAACAACGGACUGUUUCUAAUUAAAAAAAAAGUGUAGCACAAAAGUGAACAUUUUGAAGUUUUUUUUUACUUGCAAGCCGAAAUUAAUUCAACUGCGCACGUUUGUGAUGGUUUUAGUUUUAGUUUGCAGAAAAAUAUAAGUAGUGCGGCAGUGGAUUCGGUUUGCUGAAGCUUGUUUUGAGUUGAUUGCUGCUAUUUCAUGAUCUAAAUUCUGUUAGGUUAUCAAAAUACAAGCGAAUACGGUCCGAAACGUCUAGCAUUUGAGUCUGUAAGUCGACAUGAGGAAAUUCUAACGAAUACAUUUUCCUGUAUCUUUUGAUCAUUGAAUGAGAAGAAUACAUACACUUUUACCUUAAAACAGGUUAAAUAAUGGACAAUUUGAAUGUAAAAACCUUGAAUCGAAAUAACAAAAAUAUAAAAGAACAUGUUUUGAAUUAUGUC